UUCUUUUCCUUAGUCGUGGUUUCUUAGCAGCUAUUUGACCAUAAAGGCCUGAUUCACUCAGUCUUCUCUGAUCAGUUGAUGUAGAGAUGUGUCUAUUACUAGAACUGUGUGACAUUUAUCUGAGCUUUAGGUGCUGUUAACUUGCAAUUUCUGAGGCUGGUGACUCAGAUGAAUGUAUCCUCAGCAGCAGCAGAUGGUUUUUGUGACUGCACUUGGGGACACGUUCAAAGUUGUAGAAAUUGUCGGACUGACUGACCUUCAGUUCUUAAAGUAAUGAUGGACUGUCGUUUCUCUUAAUUAGUUGAUUGGUUCUUUCCAUAAUAUGAAUUCUAACAGUUUUCAAAUAUUGCUGCCAGCUGUGUACCAACCUAACUUUUGCACAACACAACAAGACUUUGCAGCGCUGUCAACAAAGCAAAGUGUAGCUACUUUCAGGAAUCUAAAAGACAGAGUUAUUUAUCAAUUUUUUAUUUGCAACAUAAUUCCAUAUGUCUUACUUCAUGAAUUGGAUGUCUUCGGUAUGUAUCCACAGUGCAGAAAGGACUAAAAUUAAACACAAACCACUGAGUGAGAAGGUGUGUCCAAGCUUUUGUCUGGUAGUGUAUAUGACAAUUUUUUUCUUUAUUCCUUUCAAAGCCACGAAAAACAAGUUCAUGCUGAUGAGGUAAAUUAUUAGAUGACUUUAUAUUUCUGGAAACUAAGACAUGAAUCUGUCAUUGUUGAACAGGCAAGAGCUAUAUGAUGUCACAUGCCUGUUCUUAGCAUGCCCAAAAAAGGAAGGUUUUGUUUUUGUAAUAAAAAACCCCAACAGGACAGUUUAGGUGUAGCUUUGUUUUCAACAAAGACUCUGUUGUGUAUGGUUGUAGAUUUUCACUAUAGAAUGAUUAUAUCAGAAUUAAUAUAUAAGUUUCUACAGUGAAAUUUAAGAUUGAAUUUCAAGGGAAAAUUUGCUCUGAGCCACAAUGUUUAGAACUUUAAAAUGUCUGGCUUUGGUGCUCUCUAGUGGUAAUAAAAUAAAUCAUGGUUAAAAAAAACGAAUGAACGCAACUCAUAUACUAUUUACAGUUUCCUAAAAGUGAAUAUAAUUAGAGGUCUAUAACCACAUUAUCAUCCUUCACAGUGGCUUGAAAUAAAAUUACUGUUGCUCAUCUUUCUUUUUAAUUCUCAGUGUUAAAUGCUGCACUUUGUUUCAAUAUUGAUCCCGUGGCUUGGAGGGCCCUGAGUAACUCUGCUGCUGGUUUUGGCUACCAGGUGGUGCAAAGACAAUCAGAUUUGCUUGUCAGUGCUCCACUUGAACAGUAUUCACAAAAUGAAAGAGGGAAAAUAUACAAGUGCACCACAUCUCCCCAAAACUGCCAAAAUAUACGAUUUCAAGCACCGUAUUUUGCAGUCAACAUGUCGCUUGGUUUGACAAUGAAAAGUGAUUCCAGAGCAAAAAACACUGUGGUGUGUGGGCCAACCAUUCCAAAGGACUGCAAAAGUAUCACCAUGUAUAAUGGUGUGUGCUUUCAGAUGGACCAUAAUAAUUUUGGACCUUUCAUUCCUUCUUCUAUUCCAGAGUGUAGAACACAAGCAGACAUUGCCUUUCUGUUGGAUGGUUCAGGCAGCGUACGUUCUACUGAUUUUCAAACUAUGAAGAAUUUUGUGAAAGAUCUAAUCAAAUCCUUUCUAUCAAGUGACACACAGUUUUCUGUUUCCCAGUUCUCUACUGAUCCGCAGGUUCACUUUAAUUUUAAGAAGUUUUACUCAUCUGAAUCAGUGGAGACUGACAUCGAUAGAAUCAGACAGCUGAGGGGAUGGACUUACACGGCUAAGGCCAUCACACAUGUUGU